GCUGUCAAGCUGUCAAGUGAAGAGGCUGGGGCUUUUGACUUGACACUAUUUGGCCUUAACAGCUCCGGCCUAAAACUUAACAGGAGGGACAUUUUAAUUACACUUUACAUCGUUAAGUUAGAUAAAGUAAUGCAUCCCUUCUUUACUCAGACCAGGGAGUUCCGCACUUUCACAGAUUGAUGCAUUGAGAGGUGAUUGCUACUUAGCUAACGUUAACUUACCCGCAAACUCCCUCUGUUCUGAAUUUCUGGUGCGGUCACAGCCUCUGUCGCAGCUUCUGUCGCUGUUUUUGCAUCUUCAAAAAAGGUCUUGCGGAUUUUGUUUUUAAAGGGGGACACAAUGGGGGCGUUUUUGGACAAACCAAAGAUGGAGAAGCACAAUGCUCAUGGUGAGGGGAACAGUCUGACUUAUGGUCUAAGCAGCAUGCAGGGCUGGCGGGUGGAGAUGGAGGAUGCACACACGGCAGUCAUUGGCCUACCUCACGGGCUUGACCCUUGGUCCUUCUUUGCUGUCUAUGAUGGGCAUGCUGGCUCCCAGGUGGCCAAAUACUGCUGUGAGCACCUGUUGGAGCACAUCACCAGCAACCCUGACUUCCAGAGUGCUCUGGAUCCAGAGCCCAACGUAGAGAGUGUGAAGACGGGCAUCCGCACAGGUUUCUUGCAGAUUGAUGAACACAUGCGGACCAUCUCUGAGAAGAAGCAUGGUGUGGACCGCAGUGGAUCCACUGCAGUAGGGGUUAUGAUUUCUCCGGGCCAUGUCUACUUCAUCAACUGUGGAGACUCCCGGGGUCUUCUUAGCCGUGGAGGGGCUGUGCACUUCUUCACACAGGACCACAAGCCUAGCAACCCACUGGAGAAGGAGAGGAUCCAGAACGCGGGUGGCUCUGUCAUGAUCCAGCGGGUGAACGGCUCUCUGGCUGUAUCGCGGGCCCUUGGAGACUUUGACUACAAGUGCGUGCAUGGCAAGGGCCCCACGGAGCAGCUGGUUUCACCAGAGCCUGAGGUGUAUGCCAUUGAAAGGUCUGAGGCAGAAGAUGAGUUCAUCGUCCUGGCCUGCGAUGGUAUCUGGGAUGUCAUGGCCAACGAGGAACUGUGUGAUUUUGUCAGGUCCAGGCUUGAGGUUACAGAUGACCUGGAGAGAGUCUGCAAUGAAGUGGUUGACACCUGUUUGUACAAGGGGAGUCGAGACAAUAUGAGUGUUGUGCUGAUCUGCUUUCCAGGGGCUCCUAAGGUGAAUCCAGAAGCUGUGAAAAGGGAGGCCGAGCUGGAUAAGUACCUAGAGAACAGAGUAGAAGAGAUCAUAAAGAACCAGGGGGAAGAAGUGGUUCCAGACCUGGUCCAUGUGAUGCGGACGUUAGCAUCUGAGAGCAUCCCUAACCUCCCCCCUGGGGGAGAGCUGGCAAGCAAACGAAGCGUUGUUGAAGCAGUGUACAACAAACUCAACCCUUACCGAAGUGACGACACAGUGAUCUCCAAUCAAGUUUUAGAGACAUCUCAAGGAUGAUCAAAGGACUCAGGUUACAUCUGCGUUCAAGUUGGACUCAGCGUCCACAGAUGACAUGUGGUAAAGCAGCCCCUACCACUAACACAGCACAGAGUUUACAAACCGCUACCCUCUCAAGACCCACAGCAGCUCCGUUCAGCAGUCUGUCUCCACACCUCUCUGAGUGUUCCAUUAAAUCCAUUAAAUAAGGGAAUAUGGUAGGAUGACGAGCAGGAGGAGGAGGAGGAGGAGGAGGAGGAGAUGCACACACCCCUACACCCAGGAUAGUGCAGCACCAGUCCGCUCUGGAGUUCAGGAUUCCUUCAUUUUGUCUCACCUUUAUGUUCAUUUAAGUCAACCCCCCCCCCCUUCACCUAAACCAUAACUAGUGUGUUCAACAGGUUCUUAAAAAAAGGAAAAAAACAAAAAAAAAACAGCUGUUUUGUUGCUGUAAUUAAUUUGAUUCACAUUUUCUUGUGUUUGUAUAUUUCUGUUUUUGUGAAGUGCAAUUCUCCUGUACAAACAGCCUGUAUUUAAUGCAGCUUGAGUUUAAGUUAAAAAAUGAAAGAAAUGAAAAAGAGAACCUUUAUGCACUAUCUGCCUUUUUCCUGCUCUUCUGGAGUUCCAACAAAUGUCUAUUCAGUGAAUAUUACUGUUUGUCCUCCAGGUGAUAUUAUCCUCCUGCUAUUUUUCUUUUUUUAGUUUGUCUUUGCUCCUUGAAGAAACGGGUAAAUUGUAUAGGUUCACAGCACAGUAAGCUCUCUAAAUCAAACCAUUUAUUUCCUAAUAAUUACAUUUUUCUUAUCAUUUUUUUUUUCUCUACACGCUGUAGUAAUUAUGGUGAAGUGUAACAUGGUCAUUCAUUGCGUUCAUCUCCAGUAAACAUAACACAACAAAGCAGUAUCUAGAUGCAAAUUAAGAUAAGCUCACCUGACACAUGUUAUCACUUGCUGUGUUGGAUUGCGUGUGUGCAAACCUGCUUGUGUGUAUGUGUGUGCGCACAUGUUUGUGUUGAGCAGGGAUAUUCAACUUGGCUCCUGCAGGGCCAAAAAACACCAUCUGGUUUCAGUUUCUACCUAGUAGUUAAUUGCACUUACCUGAUCUCCUUAGUCUCUCCAAGUCCCUGGUUAGAAGAACAGGAUGAAAACAAGAAGUGUUUUGCCCUCCAGGACCGCAGUUGAGUAGCCCUAGUGUAGAGGUAGGUCUAUCUGUAGCUGGCCAACUAGCUAAUUUUGCUAUGGUGGUGAAGAUUGCAAACUACAUGGCCUGGAGAUUGAGGCAAAUGUUUCUCCAUUACUCCUACAUUCUGUACCCAGUUUGUAUACAACCUCUCACUACCCUCUCCCUCAAGCUUUGGAUAACCCUUUAUGACAGUCGAAGGAUUGUUGUCUUAUUGCUAUUUGGACUUCAAAAUGACAUCUGCCGCAACCACUUUGUAAUUUUCAGUGACAUAUUUACCUUCUCUGCUGACAAGCAGUAAAAUGGUAGUCUGUACCUUGACUUGUUUACACAUUUUAAUGUGUUAUGAGCAUUUUAUUAUUUACUUCGAAUAAACACAAUGUCUCAGA